GCGACCGUGUCAGUUGAUGGGCGGAGCCAUAUUUGACGUCGAAGACCCUGACUUCACGAAAGGUAUGGGAGCGCUCGGGAAGGCCGGAAACACCAAGCCACUUUGUGAUUCGUCACAGGAAUUGUUCGACGUCUCAGAUCCCUGGCUUGCGAUGCUCUCCGUAGAAGGUCCUGGGCAGACGUAUGGCUUUGAUGGAUGAAUGUGGCCUUUCGAUCCAUGACGUCGGUGCC